GCGCUCGCUCGCGUUUAUUAUCGUGCGCCAAGUCAGUAGCCGCAGUUGCGCGCUCGCCGCCACAGGCAUCGCACCGUCGCCGGCGCCCUCGCUCUCCGCCCCCCUCCUCUCUUUCGCUCUCUCUCACUCACUCUCUCUCUCACACUCUCUUCCCCGCGACACACACGCACGUACAGUUGGCUCUCCGCGGCGCACGGACUCUUUCUCUCCCGUCACGACGAUUUGCGCGAGUGUGCUUGUGUGCCGACAUGGAGCAGAGGAGGCCCUCCUAGCAGGCGACCCGCGGGCCAAGAGGACGAUCGGAAGAAGGCCAGCAGCGGCGAGUGUCGUCGAGUGAGCACUGUGUUCGCGUUCGCAGAACUAGCAGCAGUCGAAAGUCGGGCCAACGAGUGCGAGGGAAAAUGAAUGUGCAAGCGAGUGCCCCCGCGACGAGGAACCAGUUCGGCCUGCGCCCGAUGCCCAAGUCGCGUCUAAAGCUCCGUCGUCAGGUGUUUAGGCGUCGCGAUCAGCUGUGAAUCGGCCGACAGCAGUAACGGCGGCGACGGCGGCGGCGGCAGCAGCAGCAGCAGCAGCAGCAGCAGCAGCAGCGCACCACCACCAAUACCACAGCUCGUUCAUUGGCUGGCCGAUCGAUCGCUCUCGGGCAGCAGCCUCUUCUGCCGCCUCUCCCUCUCCGCGUGCGGCGCGCGCUCGCCUCGCGCCCCGUGCUCGUCGCCCGUUUGUUGACGUGCAGUGUCGAUGCUCCGCGAGGCGUAGGCAUGUACUGCUUCCAGAAUCCGUUCUCGCGCGCGACGCGCAGCGUCGUCAGCAAUCCCCUCGGCGGUAAAUGUUCCGAGUCGAGCAACAAGCAGCAGUCGCAGGCGUCGCAGGCGUCGCAGCAGCAGCAGCAGCAGCGACGCGCGUCCGAGGCGACGAGCGAGGGCUCCGGCUCGUCGUCCAUCCGCUACAUCGACCAGCUGUCCGGCGCGAGCAGCACCGACACGCUGCCGGGCGUCCGCAGUGACUACCUGGACCACGAGCUGCUCUCGCCGGGCCUCGCCUCGCCCACGAUCGUGUUCACCAGCGACGAAAGGACGAGCACGACCAUCACCACGACCGCGCCGUCGCUGGACCUCGACGAGCCGGACGCGCCCCGGGACGAACCCAGCCCGCGGGCGACGGCCCCGGACGGCGGCGGCGCCAGCAGGUCGGCCGGGCGCUGGCGGCGCAAGCUCCUCCUGCGGCUCCGCUCCAGCGACUCGUCCAACUCGAGCAACGGCGACGCGGCCAGCUCGGCCUCCGCCUCGCCCUCGCCCGCCAGCGACUCGUCCUGCUCGCGCAACCUGCAGGCGGCGACCGGUGGGCUCCAGGCGGUGCCGAGCGCCAACUCGCUGUCGCCGAAGCGCGCGCUCGUGCGCCACCGCUCCGCCGGCUCGACGAGCAUGCUACUGCGCGGCCUCGAGGGCGGCUUCAGCGACGAAGACGACGACGACGACGACGACGACGACGACGACGAGGAGGGGGACAGCAGCACGUGCGCGCUCGAGCCCGAGACCGAGCCCGAGGACGCCUCCUCGAUGCCGUCCAGCCCUGCGGCCCCGGCCACCGUGGGCCUGGCCAGCGCCUCGGGCGGCCCGGUGCCGUACUACGGCUUCCUCUCGGUCGGCAGCGGCGGCGGCGGCGGCCUCGCGCGCCAGGAGAGCACCAGCACGAGCUCGCCGCAGCUGUCCACGCAGCUGCACGAGCGCGGCUCGCCCGUGCUCGAGCUCGGGCCCGGCGCGCUCAAGGAGGACAAGCGCGCCGGCAGCAACGAGACCGUCUGCGCCAAGGCGCACCUCAAGCCCGAGGCGGGCAGCCUCGAGGCGGCCGGCUGCCUGCCGGUGGCGCGCUCCUGCCCGAACCUCGAGCGCCAGAGCGCGGGCUGCUCGAGCGCGAGCGGCUCCUCGAGCCCCAGCCCCUCGCCGGGCCCCGCGGGCCCGCGCUUCAAGCCCAUCGAGGAGGGCGACAUCCAGGUCUGCUACCUCAACCACACCAGGACCCUCGUCAGCAAGAUACUCUCCAGCAGGUUCCUGCGCCGCUGGGAGACGCACCACCUCUACCUCAACGACGCCUGCCUCUCCUCCAAGACCCUGACUGGGUUCCUGCAGCAGCCGGUGCCAUACAGCAGCAUGACGGAAGUUUACGCGGUAGCCAGAUGGGACCCGACCUACAAAUACUGCCUAAGAAUCGUCCUACCUGACGGAUCGUUGUUACUCCAAGCCAGCAACGCUUAUACGCGCGACCAGUGGUAUCACUCUAUUCUGUGGAAGAAAAGCAUCUUCAAGUACCAGCACCAGGUGUCGAACGCGACCAAGGAGGAGGUCGUAUUGAGAGAGUUGAAAGCCCUGGUCGACUUUGCCCUGUGGACACCGCUGCAGGACGAGCGAGUGACGGGCGCGCCACUGGAGGUGGUGGCGAAGCUGCUGGAGGAGCCGAGCCCGUACGAGAGGAGCGACGAGCCGAGCGGCCCGCUGAUCAUCUCGGAGCUGGCGGCGAGCGAGAACGACCUCGGCGGCCCCCCGAGGGACGAGGAGUCGCUCAACUCGGCGAACUCGGCGAACUCGGCGAACUCGGCGAACUCGGGGCGCAGCUGGGCCGAGGCGGUGCUGAACGUGGCGGCGCCGCUGCUGGAACGCGCGGCGCCACCGGCCGCGCUGGCCCGGGCGCUGGCCAAGCUCGCGCAGCGUCACCCGCGCUCGCCGCUGGUGCUAGCGCUGGCCCCGGCCAUCACCCGCUGCCUCAAGCACACGGUCGACUUUGGCAAGUCGCCGUACAUGCGCAAGUUACUCCAGGCAUUCAUCGCUGCUUUAUACGAGAACGUCGACGGCGAGCAGGCCGUCAGGGACUACAUCGCCUCGGUGCACGGUCCCGGCAGCGACUGUCCGCACCCGCGAAUCCUGCCGAAUCUCGUGGCCAUUUGCGUGGCUGCCAUAUUCUACAGAUUCGAAGUGAGCGCCGCCGCGGCAGCCGCCACCGCCGACGCCAAUGGCACGAGCAGCAGUAGCACUAACCUGCAGGAGGAGGUUGCAACACCUGCAGCACCUCCCACCAGCAGCACUAAAUUGGAGGAGGAGGUUGCAACGCCACCAACACCAUCCGCGUCACUGCCACCCCUCGGAUGUUAUCUUCUCGUGCUGAGCGUUGCGUCGGAGUACGCUGACUGGCGGCCCGGUUUGGGCGCGCUGCUGCAGCCGGUGCCCUUCCCGGAGGACGCGCUGGCGAACAAGGAAGUCCAGGAGUCGGUGCUCUCGUGCGUGAUGCGACGACUCGGCAAGGACCCCAGGUGCAGCGUGCACCGCGUGCUGCUGCCGGUCAGAGAGCCCAGGCCUGGCUGGAUACACAUCGCCGCGCCGUCCAGUCCCGCCUGUCCCGACGAGGGACAGCUCUUCGGCGAGAUGCUGACCACGCUGCUGGCCUGCUGCUGCCGGAGAAAGCGUUUCAUCGGCUCGCUGCUCAAGCAGACCGGCGGAGCUUGCGUCCUGCUGGGCGUGCGCGGCUGCGACGCGGCGCAGGAGGCGCUCUGUCUCAUGCUCGAGUGGCGCCUGCUGCCCAACGAGGAGGCCCGGCUGCAGGUCGUCUCGGCGCUGCAGUCCAGCGAGCCCGGCAAGAGGCGCUACGAGGCCCUGUGCCAGCGCCAGCGGAACCUGCAGGAGCUGCAAAAAGGAGGCCCGCGAAAGCUUACGCUACCAGUGCGCGCGACGGACGCCGACGUGGCUCUGCUGCUGGGUGGCGGCGCCGCUCUGGGUAACCUCGAGUGCCUCAGCUUGGCCUUCACCUCGGUCACCUCGGCGUGCGCCGAGCAGCUCAUCAAGCUACCCGCCCUCAGGUAUCUCAAUCUCUGGGCCACUCAGUUCGGCGACACCGGCCUCCAGCUCAUCAGCGAGCAUCUGCAGAAGCUCCAAGUGCUCAAUCUCUGCGAGACUCCGGUCUCCGACAAGGGAAUCUCCACGUUGACCUCCUUAACGAGCCUACGUAAGCUCAACCUGAACAGCACAAAGCUGUCGGCCUCCACGUUCGAGACGCUGAAAAAGAAUCUGCCGGCUCUGCAGGAAUUCGACGUGCGCUACACUGAAGCCUGGUGACCCGAGCACAAGCCUGAGGGCUGCACCCACUGGAACUGCUACUCUCGGGAAAACUCGCGCAAGUCCAAGUCCCAACAGCGUUGAAAUAGCGAGAUCACGAGAAUGAAUACCCGCUCGUUUUUUUCUCUGUCUCAAUAUAACUCUCUCUCUCUCCCUCUCUCUCUCUUUCUCUCUCUCUAUCUCUAUAUACACGUAUUAUAUACAUGUAAAUCUCUAUCUUUGUUCUGUCACUUUCCUCUUAAUCCGAUAUUGCCUUUUUCCACUCGUCGUCGUCGUCGUCGUCGUCGUCGUCGUCGUCGUCGUCGUCGUCGUCGUCGUCGUCGUCGUCCAGUCGUCAUCGGCGUCGAUGUCGAUCUGCGCGUCCAAAGUAUUUCGUGGCUGAGCCCAUAAAGCGCGUACUUCUCUCUCUCUCUCUCUCUCUCUCUCUCUCUCUCUCUCUCUCUCUCUCUCUCUCUGUCUCUCGCGCGCAGAAUUCGUUUUUUUUAAUUUAAAAUUAGUCGUAGGCCUUAGGAGACUUUUUUCUUUCUCUUCUUUUUGUAAAUGCGCGCGUCCUCGAUGCGAGUCUGUUACGUAACGCGCCAGUGCUUUUUCAACGGGCUUUUCUUUCUUAGCACUGUCCACGUGUUCGUCUUUCUUUUUUAGCGAUUGAUUUUUUGUACGAUGAUUUUUAUAAACGUUUGAUAAGGAGUCUAGCCGUUAGUCAUUAAUCCGCAUUGUUCUUUCAUCGACGAUGUGUACAGGUAUAGCAACUUUAUUACCAAUUUGAUUCGAUUUGUAAUCGCCUUUCUAUUGGCUUGCUUGUUGAUAUUGCUCGUUAUACAAAUAAAUCAUCAUUGCGAAGUCUCAUCCUAUUGGAGUAAUAAUGUCUUGGUUUUCGUGUGUCCUUGCGCCGCUGUUCACGCAUUUAAAGUUUAAACACAUGGAUUGUGUGCACGAUGGAUUUAUCUCGGCAGUUGGUGUUCGCAUUUUGUCUUUAUCAAUAAGAACGGCACUACUCGGUGAAAGUUUGCUCUGAAAGAUAUGUUACCUUUGUGGAAUGACUGACACACCGAAAUAUUUAAAUUUUAAUGUCACGCGAAUAAGUUAAGCGAGCGCAAACGGCAAGUUUCGCGCGACGAAGCAAAGUAUUUACUUGCUUACCGAUGGCAAUGCCGAACAAGAGGUUCUUUUCAAUUGUUAUAGAAUUUCCAAUCGAGUAAGUACUUUCUAAGACCUAAACACUGUGUUUCAUUGUCCUCCUGGUGCUGUUAAGAAUUUGGAACGUUGCGCGUACAAUAGGCUUACGGUUUUAUCGUAAAAAUCCGUGCUGCUUUCCAGUCAAAUUAUUUUUCUUUUCUAGAUAGCAAAGUCAAAAAUAAUCUGCUUUUCACUUGAAUCAGAUGUGUCAGUGGUGUCCCGGCACAGCCGGUCACGUUAGAUUUCCGUCAUUUCCAGACAACAGGCUCAAACAAGAAAUACUUAAACAGCUAGAGUUCAGCAACAACUCAAUUUUCAUUAAAUUUGAACUGAGCCGGUUCUGCCGGGACGCUACCAGAGUCAAUGAAAUAAUUACGAAAUAGUCAACAAUCGUCGUGUUUGAAAAAAGCUUUCCAUUUCUAGCGAGUAAAUAAAUAGAACAGACACUUCACUCAAUUUCUUUUCUAUACAUAUUAACAUAUGUCAUUUAAGACUUACAGAAUUGUUAUUUAACUUGUGUAUCGAAAUCAAAAGUUUUUUUCAAACAAGAAAAUCAAUAAAAAUAUCGACACGAGAAAUCGGUGAAAGUCUCCAGAGAAAAUGUGACGCCCAGAGAAUAAUGAACGACGUCAUUGUGUCUGUGUGAAUGCAUAUUUUAUUCGGUAAUAAUGCAAACAAAAUAAAUAUGUAAUUAUGAAAAAGAAAAAAAUACAUGGAAGAGACUGAAAACGGUAAGAAAUUAACUUCCGUCUUUAAUAAAAAAUAUUGUUUUAUUAUUACUGGAUUUUAACACAAUACAAAUUGCUAUAUAAUUCUUGUCAUGAUAUGUUAUUAAUACAAUAUAGUAGAUGUAGGCACAUCAACAUCUUCAUCAGACCUGAUGCAUUUGUCUAUCUAAGUUAUACAACAAUUAUUUAUACAAAUACACUUGGUUGUCUGUACUAAAGUUCGGAAUUAAUUUUAAUGCCAUUUCCAGUCCCAUACACGUAACAGCCGAUCUCGUGUGAGAAAAUGAGAAAAAAAGCUUUAACUCGACCGACUGCCUAAAUACAAAAACAAACAAACAAAAACAUAUAUAAAUAUAUAAAAUAUAUCUAUAUUUAUCGUGAUGUAAGUGUGAACACUGCCAGGCACCCUCGUUGAAAUUACAAGACGACUGGCUCGUCUUAUCCAAAGGUGCACCGACGAUUUUCCGAUCUUGUGCAGUCGCAUUAAUGUGGACGUUAGUGCAAGCAUCCUAAUUCAAGACAAAAACGAUACAAGAAAAUAUUUCGAUUAUACAAAUCGAUAUUAGUGUACAUAGUUAAGCGCAAAAAUACAAAUGUUACCAUUAAUUAUUUAUUUCCGGUAGAUUGUUUAUACGUACAUAUAUACAUACAUAUGUAUGCAUGUAUGUACGUAUAAAACAAUAUUAUAUUAUUCAUCGCUCAAGUUGGUUAGAAGAAAAGAAAUUGAACAAAAAUUCCAAUUAUAUGAGAAAAUGAAAUGAACGAAAAUGAGAAAAUGAGAAAAUAAAAAUGUAGCAUCAAGCAAAAAACGU